CCUCAAGCUAUGAGAACAUUAUGCUUGGAGCUAUAGUUUACUGCUGCUUCGCUGCUGACCGUCUGUUACGGUAAGGUAAAAACUUCGUCCAUCAAGUUGCGUAUGUUGAAUUACUGAACUUUGUUUGUCAAUUGUGAUUCAUCAAGCAACUCUACAAGACAUCUAACAUUAAGUGGUACAUUCAUAUAAACAACUGACCAACUAAUGGAAAUCAAUUUGGCAAGCAUGGAUGCAUUCGACCAAAUGUAUUUGGAGUAUUAUUACAGAAAUAGCUCUACAAAUAUUUCAGCUUUGGACAAUAUGUUAAAUAUCUCUAUGGAUGACCUCAUUGCAACAUCUUUCAUUGGCAUUCUGCUGUCCUUGAUAUGCAUUUCUGGGGUGGUAGGAAACUUUUACACAUUAGUGGUAAUGUGUAAAUCCAUGAAUGCUAUCACUUCAAUGUACAUCCACAUUAUUAAUUUGGCACUAGCUGACCUUCUUUAUCUCUCAACAAUCCCAUUCAUUGUCCAUAAUAAUUUUGUAAAAGACUGGUAUUUUGGAGAAGUUGGAUGUCGAGUUCUUCUAAGCCUGGACCUUUUGACAAUGCAUGCCAGCAUCUUCAUUUUAACUGUGAUGAGUACAGAGAGAUAUAUUGCUGUGGCUAAACCUUUUGACACUGUUAGAAAGCCAAAGGGAUAUCGGAAAAGUCUUGCAUGUGCUAUCUGGAUUUUUUCCUUUCUUCUAACACUUCCUAUGAUGCUGAUGAUACAUCAAGAAGAACGGACAUCGGAGAAUGGGAACAUUAGAAAACUUUGCACUCCCACUUGGAGUGAUGACCAAUACAAAGUGUAUAUCACUGUACUGUUUAGCACCAGUAUCGUAGCCCCUGGAGUUAUUAUUGGUUAUCUAUACACAAAAUUGGCUAGGGUCUAUUGGAUCUCCCAAACCAAAAGCUUUCUUAAUAAGGAACUUCAACGUUCCCCAAAUCAGAGAGUUAUAUUUAUGAUUUUUAUAAUUGUGCUCACAUUUUGGGCUUGCUUUCUGCCCUUUUGGAUUUGGCAGCUGGUACCCCUUUAUAGCCAUGAUGGACUGAAAGUCUCUGUUCAAACAGAGAUUUAUAUCAACCAUCUGGUCACUUGUCUUACCUAUAGCAACAGCUGUAUCAACCCUUUUCUAUAUACUUUAUUAACCAGAAACUACAAAGAGUAUUUACAAAAUAGGCAGAGGCGAGGACAUGGGUCAUUAUGUCUUAAAAGUGUAAUAGCUAUAUCUGAAAAACCUUUAGGGAAACAAUUAUCAAUUAGACAUCAACACUCUACAGAUAGUGUACCAAUUAGUAAUGCAAGUAGUUGUAAUCAUUUCAUCAAAAUCUAAAGAAAUAGCAGGUAAAGCUUCAUGUUGCUGCUGAUUAAAGGAACACUAUAGACUACCAGACCAUUUCAACUUAAUGAAGCAGUCUGGCUGCCAUUUCCCCCCUGUGUUAACCCUGCAGCUAAAAAUAUUGUUGUUCUACAGAAAUGGCAAUGUUUUCAUUACAGGGUUAAGCUGUCUCUAGGGCUGUCAUGUCAACAGCCACUAGAGGCAUGUCCCCUGAAACAGUAGAGUACAAUUUCCCUAUUUUAAUCAGAUGGUCUGAAUGAUGCAGUGUGGCAUUUUGCCGUGCAAGCACAAUAGUCUCCAAAUGCUUUCCUUUGGGGAAGCAUUGCAUUGGCUGAGAUCAAUGAUCUCAAGGUGAAGUGGCAUGUAGGCGACUAGCACUGUGAGGGAGACAAGGGAAGUAAACUCAACUUUCUAACCUCUGCAGUGGGGCCUGGUCACCUAAACAGUUGCUAGGGCACUAUAGCAUUUUGUAAAGAGUUACUUUAACACAAUGCAAAUAAAGUUACUCCGUAAUUGAAAAUAAUUAACUGACUUUAUUACCACAUCAAACAUUUAAGUAACAAUAUUUUGUAAACAA